AUGGCGACCGGGCUAGUGUCGUCUCUCCUGUCGUCGCUGACCAAGCUGCUCGACCUCCUCCCGAGCCCGCCGGCGGUUUCUUGGCCUCCUCGCAGCUCCGGCGGGCGGUCCACCGUUUCCAAUGAUCUGCAGCGGCUGGAGCGGCUGCUGCGGCGGGUCCAAGCCACGCUCGACGACGCCGGGGAGCGAGAGCUCCGGGACAGCUCCGUCAAGUUGUGGAUCGAGGAGCUCACGGACUUGGCCCGCGACGCGGAGGACGUCCUCGACGACCACCGCUACGAGCUGCUGCGGCGUCGGGUCCAAGAACGCCAAGGCGCCGCCUUCGCCGCCUCCGCCUCUACCUCACGCAAGCGAAAGCACGAAGACGACGAGGAGGAGGAGGAUGGCGGCAUCAGUGAGAGAAUUGGGGAGAUCACGCGCCGGUUCGAGGAGAUCUCCAGAGAUCGAUCCGCCUUGCAGCUUGGACCCGGGGACGGGGAAAGAAUCGCAGGGAGGGACUUCCAAUGGGAAUCAAGAACGACUAGCCACCUUCUUGAUGAAUCCCUUGUUUUUGGUAGGUCCAACGAGAAAGAGAGCAUCAUAGAGUUAGUGUUGUCUUGCAGUCAUGGCACUGGAACUCAAGUUUUGCCAGUUGUUGGAAUGGGUGGCAUUGGCAAGACCACGGUAGCACAGAUGGUUUAUAACGAUAGCCGGGUCAAAGAACGUUUUGAUCUCAGGGGUUGGGUUCAUGUCUCCCAAACAUUUGAUUUACGCAGGCUAACGACUGCGAUCGCCGAGUCCUUGACCUGGAAACAAUGUGGAUACAAUGAAUUAAGCUCUGUUCAUCAUGUUCUGGAGGAAGAGACAGAUAAAAAGAGUGUGUUCCUGGUGCUGGAUGAUGUAUGGAAUGAACGGGAAAGUUGCUGGCAAGACUUGCUGUGUCCACUCAAGCUUGCUAAAACUGUGACAAUCCUAGUGACUACUAGGAGUAAAGAGGUAGCACGCCUUGUGCAGACAGUUGAUCCCUUUGCCCUUGGCUCACUGCCUAAAGAUUAUUGCUGGUUGUUGUUCUGA